CAAAUCAGCUGUGUAUCACACACAGGGAACAUGUACAUAAUAAAUGUGCGUAUUAAAUUAUUCGUGUGAAAAUGUCCACUGAUAAAAAAACUCAAUGUUUAUGAUAAAUUCAUUGUCAAAGAGCAAUGGCGCGGCGGAGCGGCAGCGGGAUAACUAGCCUGGCGUUUAACCAGGACCAAGGCUGCUUCACUUGCUGCCUCACAUCGGGCCUGCGCGUGUACAAUGUGGACCCGCUCGUGGAGAAAGCGCACUACAGCAAAGAAGAGCUGGGCGAGGUGUCACUAUGCGAGAUGGUGUUUCGCACCAACUGGCUCCUAGUAGUGAAGGCCAGAAGACCCUGCGCUCUACUACUGUUGGACGACCAGCAGCGCGCCUUCCGGGCUGAAGUGCUCUUCAAGUCUCCCAUCAGGGCGCUGAGAGCGCGUCGAGACAAAGUGGCAGUAGUGCUGUCGACGAGCAUCCAAGUGCUGUCCCUGCCGUCGUUCCAGCGCGUGGCGCUAGUGCGCACGCCCGCCGGCGCGCGGCCGCUGUGUGCGCUGUCUACUGAGCCGGGCGCGGCGCUGCUGGUCGCUCCCGGGAUGAGGAAGGGCUCCGCUCAGCUGCUGGAUGUGUCACGAGCAGUGAAAGGCGCCCAGUCGAGUUCGCCAGCAGUGCUCGGCUGCCACCAGAGCGAGCUGGUGUGCCUCGGGCUGUCGGCGAGCGGCGCGAAGCUGGCGACGGCGUCGGCGCGCGGAACUAUCAUACGGCUGUGGGACACCGCCAGCAAACAGAUGCUGCACGAGCUCCGGCGGGGCUCCGACUACGCUAAUGUUUAUUGUAUAAGGUUCAACCCUAGCGGCUCGCAGGUGUGCUGCGUGUCGGACACGGGCACGCUGCACGUGUGGGCGGCGCGCGGCUCGUACGCGCACGUGGCGUCCGCGCCCGCGCCGCCGCACACGCGCGCGCACUGCGCGCUGCCCGCGCCCGACCAGGCCGCAGUGAUAUGCGAGGACGGCACCUUCCACAAGUUCACGUUCUCGGCCGAGGGCAACUGCCACCGCAGCGAGUUCGAGUACUUCAUGCAAGUGGGUGACGAUGACGAGUUUCUGCAAUGAUACAUCUUCUACAAACUCUUUGGACAAAAACUGUUUAUUAAGUGAAACAAAGGACUAAAUAAAUCCGGAAGUGUCAUAAUUUAAGAUAACCCGAUAAGUGUGCAAUUGCAGUUAUAUAAGCAAACGAAUCGUGUCCAUUUAUUUACAUUAAUUUUAUACGAAUGUCAGUAACUAGUAGAUUUUAUUAUAUUUUAUUCCAUAAUCUUUGUGUAAAUAUUUCUAGAUUAAGUUACACGGUAAUAUAAAAUUCUUGUAAAUUAUGAAUGUGUCUACCAACUUUAAAUAUUAUUAUAUAGUUCUUUAAUAAUUGUCAAAAAUGUGUUCUAUGUAAAACGACACACUAGGUUUUCAUUUUUGAUAGAGAAGAAAACCUGUUUAGAUUAAUAUAAACAUGUGAUCUAGGGCUUUUUAAAGUUAGGUUUAUGAUAAAAGACAAGUUCUUUAUUUCGCUAUGGCAAUAAAAAUGAGUGAAUGAAUACUAUUGAAUGAAUGGCUUCAAGGGAAUGUAACUGAAUGAAUAAAUGAGUCGCUUACGCGUAUAUGAUAACAUAAUUCAGUUAUUUACAUUCCCAUUUUACACUCUCUUUGACAACGAUGCAUGUCAUGUUCAAUGGAUAUUAUUCUAAUAAUUGAGGGGUCAAAAAGUGUGACUCUUUAAUUUUAAAGGUUUGCAAUUAAUUUAAUUCAUUGAAUGAAACGUUUUCUACGUUCACAUACGUUUAAUUACUUAUAAUCAGACUUAUUAUUUUUAUUUAGUUUGAACCAAAAAUUGUGAUAUAGAAUCAGUUUUUAUUUUUAAUUUUGUAACCUGUUUUCAUGGUAAUGAAAGUAAUAAAUGUUAUAACUAAGUAUAUUUACUCGUCAUAGCUCAAAUGUAUUUUUUCUAUUGUACCUUCUUGCAUUUGCUCAUUUUAAUGGUAAACGGAGAAAUUCUAAACUAUCACUAUGGCCUUCAAAUGAUUUUUGCUGAUCAGAAAUAUUUUUUUGAUUUAGUGGCAAUCACUCCUGAUUCAUUUGUAAACAGUUUUUACGGGUUACCUGUUUAUAUUUGUACACACACGUCGCGUUGUUUUCUAGGGACUCUUAUAUUAGUAAUUGAAUAAUCGCCGAGCAUAAGAAAUUGUUGAACAUUGACGGUCAAAGGAUUAUGAGGAAAGGGGACGUCUUCUGAUGACCGUUUUUGCAUAAAAACAUAGAUCACUUUAUCACUUUUUCCCCUUGUGUUUAUUAUAAAACUACUAAUUUUGUAUGGCAUGAGUAGCACAGUCAUCUACUAUCUCAGUUGGUCGAAUAUGUAUACUAUGAAUAUGUAAAUAUAUGGUUGAUUAUUAUUGUUUUUAUACAAUUGUGAUGAGAAAUUAUAAUCAUUAAUAUGCUCUUAGCUUUGAGGCAAGUCCUAUUAUAUAAUCCAUAGUAAUUGUUAGUAAAAACUACGUGUAAAAUAAUUGUAUAGAUGUAAAAAUAGUUCUGGCUGGGAUUUACAUACAUUUGGAAAAUUGAAUUCUGUAACUAUACCAUUUUAAAAUACAAACAUUUUAGUCCAUAAACAUACAGGAUACAGGUCAUAUUUUUUCAGUGGUAAAAAGUAUUGCAUAGGUACUUCUUGGUAGUCAAUAAUCUCACCACAAGAAAAAUCUAGAUAUAAUGAAAUCUCGACUUAAUUCUCCACAGUACAGUCACUGGCAAUAACAUCGUACAAAAAGGCUGCAUAAAUAUCUGCCACACUCAUAUGGCUCUAGAAAUAAAAUUAUGUCAGAUGUUUUGAGGCCUUCUUUUUGUGCGAUGUUAUUGCCGGUGACUACUGGAGUGGUAUAUCCAAGUAAGAACUAUUAACUGCACAUUUUAAAUGUAAAUAAAAUUUCACGGAGUUUCAGAGGACAGUUUAUUUUUUUACAAAAUUGCAUGCGACAGGGGCUCCGCUGUUUUGUACAAAGUUUUAGGGCGCUCCGUGCGGGGUGUUCCCAAAUAGGUUAUUUUGGAAAUUCUAAAAUAAAAACUUCUUUAUAUUAA